AUGCUGUUGAGUCUAAGGAGAUUGACUCUGAAGCUGGAGGGCAUAGGACAAGGGGCGUCCAGAAUCAACAGGAGCAGCAGCAGCAGCAGCUCACAGCAUCUGAAAAAUCUGGAGAAUGUGGAGCAUCUGGAUCUAACCAUUGGACAGGCUGUUGAGGAGUUCCCGUUCCCUCGGUUUCCGUUCCCGCAGCUUCGCCUAAGGCAACUGCAAAUAGACUACAGCAAGGGAUUGAGAGAGCUGCCAGAGACCAUCACGCUGCUGCAGCACCUCACGUCACUGGACGUGGAAUACGCAUCGCAGCUCGCCUCCCUCCCGGAUGGCAUUGGUGCCUUAUCCAGGCUGAGGAGCCUUCGCCUGUCCCACUGCUCAGCACUGCAGCACCUCCCCACGUCCCUCACGCGUCUCACGAGUCUCCACGAGCUGAAUGCUGAGGGCACAGGCAUCAGCGCCCCCCCUCCCAACUUUGCGCAGCUGAGCAGGCUGAGGGGGCUCUGCUUGGGAGAGUGCAAGCAGCUGCAGGUGCUGCCAGCGGACUUGACUGACCUCAAGAUGCUGCGCUUCCUGGGGGUGAAAGGGAGUGAGCUCGCGAUUGACAGCGUCGGGGAAGAGCAGGAGCGUGGCUUCCAGGGAAUGUAUGACUUGAGAACAGACGUUGCUGGGGAGUAG